AAAUGACCUCCUGACGUGUUUACUUCUUAAAUUGUCUUGCUGCCCUAGAAAUUGAUGCAUUAAAAGGAAUAAUGUGUUUAGCCCUGACACCUGAGUUGAAGCAACUAAUUGAUGUGACCAAAUAAAGCAAUGAGCUGAUCAUCAGUCAGUGAGGAAGUGGUGAGUCUCAGGAAGUAGAAGCUGCAUCUGUGUUCAGGAGGCAGUCAGACAGUUCUGAGGGUGAGAGCAACAGACGCACAAUGGCUCAGCUCACAUGGAUUCAAGGGUCUUUAUUAUUGAUCCUGCAGCUCACAGUCACUGCAGAUGAAACAUCAGUUUUAACGAGAGCUGGAGAUGAAGUCACAUUGUCAUGUUCAACAGUGAUCAAAGGUCAACAGCAGUGUAACGGUACUACAUGGACCUUCUCUGGUUCAGGAAAAAGAGCAGCAGUAGAGCUGGUUAUUCUGGGUCAGAUUAAUCAGAAAGUCAACACUAAAGCAGACAGACUGAAACUAGCAGCAAAAUGUUCUCUGGUUAUAAAGAAGGUCAGAGAGGAAGAUGUUGGACGUUAUUACUGUCAACAAUGGAAACGAGAAGAUAACCGUCCUGACACUCUGGUUAAUGUCUCCACUGUAGCUCUGUCUGUUCUUCACAAAACAUCCGAAGGAAAAGUUCAACUAACAGCAAAACCUGGAAACAAAAACUCAGAGAAAACCAGACCAGAAACGGACAAUGUUCCACGAAACUUUCAAGCUCCAAUUAUUGCCGUAGCUGUGGUUUCAGUCAUUAUCUUGAUUGUUGUCCUGGUGAUCGUCAGAUGGAGAGCUAAGGGAAAGAAACCUCCAGCUGAUGAAAAUGCUGUUGAUCUGGAGGACAAUGUUUCCUACGCCACCAUCAGUCAUGGAAAGAACACCAAAAGAAACGCUGAGGCUGGUGGUGAUCAUGAUGCAGUGACCUACAGCACUGUGAGAGCCUGUUCCUCUUCUGCCGCAGCCUCUGAUGAUCCCAACAGCGUCUACAGUGUUAUAACCUCCACAACCAACUGAAACAGCAAACCAGGCCCUACUCCCACUGGUGAUAACAGGAUUAAUGUGGAAAAAUAUACAUAUACAUAUAUCUUUUAUCAGAGAAUCAGCUAAAAGUUUAUGUGUCAAGUGAAAGAGAAGAAACAGGGUAAUAUUGAGGCCUUUUGGUCCCGAUGCAUCUCAAUAACCCAGAUAGAAAAAAAUAAAUUUGAUAAGUCCUCUGGACAGGUUCUUCUUUCUUGAAACGUUUCCCUCCUUCUCUGAUAGACUUUUGUGUUUGUUUUAUAUCGUAAAUGUACAUUCUGGGGAUCACAGUAAUCCUCAUUAACUGUCUUUAAAAUUGAACUUUUCAUGUUUUGUGCACUCCUCUGUGGAGGGUUGUGCAACAAAAUAAAGUACAAGUAGAACCAUUAUUAAUAAUUAUCUUAAAUUUAACUAAAGAUCAUCAGUUUUAAUUGCACUGCUUAUCAAAAGGACUUGUAGAAAAACAUGCAGAUAGAUUUUUUUUAAAAACUUUUAUAUGAAAACGGGUCA